AUGAAUUCAGUCCUCCGCGAGAAGGCGACGCACCCCGACCGCGACAUCGGCUCCACCGACUAUGCGCCGACGUACCUGAAGUGGAUGCACGUCUUUGAGGAGCCAGACAGCCGCACCGAGACGUCGGCGAACCUUCUUGGAACCUUCCGACAGGCGGUGCCGCGCGAGUGGCUCACUCCGGGCGCGGCGCCCGUCGUCGUGCGCAGCUCGCCCACGCGCUACGGCCGCGCGUGGGCCGCUUUUGACCCCGCCGCCGAGACGGUCGACUUCAAGCCGGGAGUCCUCACGAUGGCGCUCCUUGGCAAGGGGCUCCACGAGGUGGUGGCGGUCUGGAAGUAG